AUGCGAUUAUUCCUUUUUGUUUUAUACCUCAUACUAUUUAUUUCUCAUAGCCUCUCGAUGACAACCUAUUCUUGGUACACAAUGUGUCGCCUACCCACAACGCCCACCUGUGGGCGUUUGUCAGUGAACUACCAUUUCACCCGCCACUGCAACAAGAGCUGCGGAUUCUGUUUCCACACCGCCAAGACCUCCCACAUGGAGGACCUGGACAAGGCGAAAGAAGGGCUGCGGCUCCUGCGACAGGCUGGUAUGCGAAAGGUCAACUUCGCUGGCGGCGAGCCGUUUCUGUAUCCCAAGUUCCUAGGCAAAAUGUUGGAGUUUUGCAAGAACGAUCUCCGGCUCGAAUCAGUCUCGAUCGUGAGUAACGGCAGCCUCAUCAGGGAGUCGUUCCUUAGAACCCACGGCAAGCAUAUCGACAUUCUUGCCGUUUCUUGUGAUUCGUUUAAUGAGCAAACCAACAUCGAGAUUGGCCGGGGCUCUGGUGAUCAAGUACCCCAGCUCUACCGGGUCGCUUCUUGGUGUAAGAAGUACGGGAUCAAAUUCAAGAUCAACACCGUCGUCUGCCGGCCCAACUAUAUGGAAGACAUGAAUCACCAUAUCGACAAACUCCAGCCCUUCCGCUGGAAAUGCUUUCAGGUCCUGCUAGUCCCCGGUGAAAAUGACUCGGACGACACGAUCCGUGAUGCUCGCAAGUUCACCAUCACCGAUGAGGAAUUUGAUGAAUUUUGUAACGCGCAUCGCCACCAAAAAUCGUUCGUCCCAGAGUCCAACCGCCUUAUGGCCCGGUCAUACCUGAUUCUCGACGAAUAUCUGAGAUUCCUCGAUAAGGAUGGACGCAAGACGUCCGCCUCGAUCCUCAACGUUGGAGUCCAAGAGGCCCUCGACAGCGUACACUGGGACAAGGAUGCGUUUAAAGAACGAGGGGGUAUCUAUGACUGGGGGAAGAUGGCCAAGCCUUCUCAAGUCUCAGUUGACCUGUCUUGGUGA